GGAUUGAGAUGAUGAGUUGCCAUGUAUGAUUCCAUAGAUUUAACGAGCCCAGAUCUUUCCGUAUAUUUUAUUUCUCUGUAUGAUAUUAACUCUGUACAAUUCCCCAACUCUUGCUAUAUAACCCUCUGUCACUCUCGUUUUAGUUUUUCAGACCGUGUCUCUUUCGCUCUUUCUCUCUAUCUCUUUCUAGUUUCUGACUAAAUUCUUCCUUCAUUCUCCAUUUUUAACGUUUUCUCGCCGUAGAUCUCAUUUUUUGUAUCGGUUUCCGGCGAGAAUCUGAGAUCUGAAUCAGAGGUUUCUCGCCGGCGGAUGUUGAGAGUUUGACCGGGGAGCGAUCUGAGAGUCGGGAGUGGUUGCGAUGGGGCAGUGUUACGGGAAGCCGGUUGUGAAUGGGAACGGUAAAGGAGGUGUGGUCGAGGAGUAUCCGCAAUCGCCGUUGCCGUCGGUGGGGAACGGAGCGGCGAGCGUGCAGUCAGUGAAGACGCCUGCUCGAUCAUCGUCGACGAGCCCCUGGCGGAGUCCCUUCCCGCACGGCAGUGCUUCCAGUCCGCUUCCGGCUGGAGUGGCGCCGUCUCCGGCGAGGUCGUCGACUCCGCGGAGGUUCUUCCGUCGCCCGUUCCCGCCUCCGUCGCCGGCGAAGCAUAUCAAGGCGUCUCUCGCGAAGCGGCUCGGUCCUGCGAAGCCGAAGGAGGGUCCGAUCCCGGAAGAAGGUACGGAACCUGAACAAUUACUUGAUAAGAGCUUCGGCUACGGUAAGAAUUUUGGUGCCAAGUAUGAAUUGGGGAAGGAGGUUGGGCGAGGGCACUUUGGUCAUACCUGCUCUGCUAGGGGCAAGAAAGGAGAGCUAAGAGACCAACCUCUUGCAGUGAAGAUCAUAUCAAAAGCGAAGUUCUCCCAAGGUUAUUUGAUAUGCAAGGGACAGAGAAAUAGGUGCUUGUCCAGCAGGAAUAUUAGGCAUCUGAUAUGGAGGCCUAAAAAUUUCAAAUGUGAUCUUACCAUGCUCAAGUCGCUAUAUAUCCGUCAUAUGACAACAGCAAUAGCAAUUGAAGAUGUUCGUAGAGAGGUAAAGAUAUUGAAGGCUCUAUCAGGGCAUGCGCAUCUAGUCAAAUUUUAUGAUGCAUGUGAAGAUGCAAAUAAUGUGUACAUAAUCAUGGAAUUGUGCGAAGGUGGGGAACUACUAGACAGAAUUUUAUCAAGAGGAGGAAGAUACACUGAAGAAGAUGCAAAAGCAAUUGUUGUACAAAUCUUAAGCGUUGUUGCAUUUUGUCAUCUUCAAGGCGUUGUGCACCGUGACUUAAAGCCAGAGAAUUUCCUUUUUACCUCAAGAAGUGAAGAUGCUGAUAUGAAGCUUAUUGAUUUUGGUCUUUCUGACUUUAUUAGACCAGAUGAAAGACUCAAUGAUAUUGUUGGAAGUGCAUACUAUGUUGCACCUGAAGUUCUCCAUAGAUCCUAUUAUCUGGAAGCAGAUAUUUGGAGUGUUGGCGUUAUUACAUAUAUCUUGUUAUGUGGAAGCAGGCCUUUCUGGGCAAGGACAGAAUCAGGAAUUUUUCGUGCAGUAUUAAGAGCUGAUCCUAAUUUUGAUGAUUUACCCUGGCCUACAGUCUCAGCUGAAGCCAAGGAUUUUGUUAAAAGGCUAUUGAAUAAGGACUACAGGAAGAGAAUGACUGCCGUCCAAGCUCUGACUCACCCCUGGUUGCGGGAUGGAAGUCAUCCUAUCCCUCUGGAUAUAUUGAUCUAUAAGUUGGUCAAAUCUUAUCUUCUUGCUACACCUUUUAAACGUGCUGCACUAAAGGCUCUCUCAAAAGCUUUGACGGAGGAUGAGCUGGUGUACCUUAGAUCUCAAUUCAAGCUGUUGGAACCUGGUAGAGAUGGGAGUGUGUCUUUGGAUAGCUUCAAAAUGGCCCUUGCACGGAAUGCAACUGAUGCCAUGAAGGAAUCUAGGGUUCCUGAUAUUCUAAAUGCGUUGGAACCAUUGUGCUAUAGAAGGAUGGACUUUGAAGAGUUUUGUGCUGCAGCUAUUAGCACACAUCAACUGGAGGCUUUGGAAGGGUGGGAGCAGAUCGCCUCUACCGCUUUUGAAAUUUUCGAGCAGGAGGGGAAUCGUGUCAUCUCAGUUGAGGAGUUGGCUCGGGAACUGAAUCUGGGUCCUUCAGCUUAUUCGGUCCUGAAAGAGUGGAUCAGAAACUCAGACGGAAAGCUCAGUUUACUUGGAUAUACCAAAUUUUUGCAUGGUGUAACUCAUCGAAGCUCAAACACCAGACAGCAUUAGUUUUUAGGCUUUGAGAUUUGAUUCCUUAAAAAUUCAUGACAUUCAGAAGAUUUGCAGGAAUAUUUUUUCUUCUUUGGGGGUUGGGGUAAAGGAAAAUUGUGUAUACAUGGAUGUUAGUCAAGCCAGAUGUGAUCUUGUUGAGGCGAAUUAAGUCAGAAGGAUCUCUUUGCUCGUUCCCUGCUUUGGCAAAUCUUAUAUUUAUGUGGGUUUGAGCUCAUAGUAUGAUUGUUUUAAUCAUUUCAAGAAAGACAGAAAAGAAUUAACAAUUGUUUCCAUAA